AAGCAAUAUAGCGAAAAUUUCCAGCCUAGGCCCAUGUUAAGCCUAAUACCAAUCUUCAUAGCCGUAGCGAUGAUGAUGAUUCCAAAGACGGGUUCAGUAUAAACAUUCUGAAAUUUCAAGGGUCGAACAAACAUCAUGAAGAUGAUUUGGAGCUUCAAGGCCAGCAAAAGCUUGUCAUCGCACAAUAAUAACCUACCAGAUAUGAGAUAUAGAUAUAGCAAUUACUCCCUGAUAAAGAUAUAUAUAGAUGCUGUAACUCUUAAUGCAUGUAAACAGUGAUGAGAAAAAUGUAGUUCACUCGUUAGUACUGAAUCUUAUGUGCUUUCCUAUGUUUGUUUGAUGCUGUAUUCUCUGCAGCGUUUUUUAUUGCAUUGGCUAUUGGUUGGAUAUAUGAGAUAUAAACAUCAUUACAUUUUUCUAAUCACUGUUUACAUGCAUUGAGAGGAUCUAUAACUUUAUUAGGGAGUAAUGGUUAUAUCUAUAUCUCAUAUCUGGUGGGUUAUUAUUGUGUGAUGAUAAGCUUUUGCGGGCCUUACAGCUCCAUCUCAUUCAUGAAUUUUGUUCGACCCUUCCGUCUUUUGAUUCAUCAUCCUCGCUAGGGCUGUGCAGAUUGGAUUAGGCUUGGCAUGGGCUUGAAUUCUUGCAUGAAUUUGCUUUAAUUUUUAAUCGCUAAAAAACAGAUGCAUGGAAAGUAAGCCAGUCACGGUCGGUCUGUAGUUUAUCGGACAUGGUCGGCCCUCAGAUUUUUGGACCACUAUAUAACGUUAUUUAUUAGGCAUCAGCAUAAUUAAUUGUUAUUAUUGUUUUUUCUGUCAAUGGUAGUCAUUGUUGAAGAUUAGUACGUAUACCAUUUUAUUUGUUAGAAUAUUGAUUGAUUUUUUUUUUUUAACUUGAACAUGUAUAUGUAAAUACAUUGAAAUCAGCUUGAUGCAAGUUGAAUAAGAUUUUUAUAUAUAUCCAGUUUAAUGCAAGACAAAUGAAAACGAUAGUAAAGAACCUUGACAUAUCAUUUCUGAUCAUCAUAUACUACUUCAUUAAAAUUUGAUAAGCUUGUUAAGAUUGACGAAAUAGAUAAGAAUCAGUUGUGGAAGCAUGACUUGCUAAUAUUGGCAAAAGAAACGUUUCUAAGACGAAAAGCAUGGCUGAAGUUGGAUAAAUUUGACCACGUAUGUUUCAUAUUCAAUGUAAAAGAAAAACGUUUUUUUCAAUUUAGUAUUCUAAUGGGUAGAUAUGAAUUGUUGAUACUGAAUCCGAUGAAUAAUAAAGCUAGGUUUACUUUGUUCGUUAAUAACAUUCAUGUAAACAUUCGUAAAGUCUAUAAAUAUUGUUUUACCAAUGCUUAUGUUUCUACUUAACCAUGUUUUUAUUUGUUAUUAUCAGUUUUUAAUCUUGGCCAAACGAUAGUUUUAACUUUUAUCUGGUGAUGACUUAUGCAUGGUCCUAUUAAAAACUAUCAAUGCAUCUAUUUGCCAAACGUAUCAAUGUACCAUUCUAUCUUGAUGUUCGAAUUCACAUAACCUUUGCUUUGGUGUUUAAUAAAGAAAGAUACUUAGCGUGUACAUAAGGGACAGCUUUUCACAAAAGAGCUUUGAAUUACGUCAUAUCUUUUAGUUCACAUGAACUUAAUUUAUAUUUUACUUCCAUAUAUCACUAUAAUCGCUAUUUUCCAGAAAGAUUUGUAAUCGCAUGAUCACUACAGAUUCAAUAACUAGUCGAUUUUAAUGUGUACAUAACAUGGUACUUGUUAGCUGAAAUUAGAAAUGUUUUCAUAAUUUAAUCAAAAACCAUUUUCUUCAUCCAUACCCUACCAAAAAGAAUAUCUUGAUCGAAUGGCUACAUUAAUAUAGAGUGUUAUUCAAGGAAAAUUAGGCAAGAUUAUCGUAAUCCCAUAAAUUCUGUUCACACAUUAUAUUAUCCAAAAUAAUACUCUAUAUACGUUCAUUUAUUAUAUUUUUGCUUCGUAGAUUAUCCCUUUCCCAAUGUCUUCCUUAUAGAAGCAAAGAACAAAGGAGUUCCUUGAAACCAAAUUUCCCAAAAUAUGUUAGGAUUUAGAUUGCUCUUUAAUUUCUUCUUUUGCCUUUGUAUUUCUUAACUUACUCAAUUUCAUUCAAAAUUCAAUGGAAGAUCUUAACACAUUUGCUGCUGACUGCGUCGUUGUAUCAUGUUGCUGCAACUGUCUUGUUCUCCAAAUCGUGAUCUUCAUCUUCCUUGGGCUUCCUCAAAAACUGAUCAAGAACACAAGAAAAUGUUACGCAAAAUGGGGCAUAAACGGAAGAACAAAAAGAAUGGGGCUCGAUUAUGAAUGUCGAGGAAACACCGGGGUCGAUUGGGAAUGGAGAAAAGAGACUCUGAGUAUAGAGAUGGAGGGCUUUGGAUGUAUUGAAGAAGUUGAAGAGGCUUUAGAGGAGUUUUCAAAGAAUGGUGAGUUUUUGUUUGGAAGCUUCUGGCGAAAAGAGAGGGUUCAAAACUUGUCAAUGUCAAGUUGUGUUAAUGAAAACUUUGACCUAAAAUUUGUAAGUCGUUAUGAGAUAACGAAGAAAAUUUCUACUCCUUGGAUUAUACAUUAACAACUUCACAUAUUGAAAUUAGUGGAAAUAAAAACAGCCCUUUUGUCCACUAGGUUGGGGUUUUGCUUGUUCCCAACUUCAGAGAUCCGUAUUUUUUCAGCCAUGUUCUGAUCAUCAUAUAGUUAACAAAUGACAUGCUUUGUGAAAAUUUUAUAGCAUGGACACUCUUUUAAUAUCGACUCA